CUUAACAUAUUAGGAAGUCGCAAAAAAUGCUUAACAGCAGGAACCAUGAUUGUGUUCUGUCUUCUCUGCAAAUUAUAUACAUAAUUUAUAAAUAUAUUAAAUUUGUAAAAUGUACUAAUUGAAUGUGUCGCUCAGACGUGGGAAUAUAAGCAAAACUUCAUUGUGUUAAGCCUAAGAGGAAUUAGAAAGUCACUUGUCAUACGGCAGCUCCAUAAACUAUGUUUUCGGCAAUUGUUUUGUCUGGUUUGUGAUAGAUUUGACCAUUUGUGUAAAGAUUUUUUAUCAAGACAAUUUUUUCAAAUAAAAAUGAGUGAAAAACGCAAAUAUAAGAAAUCUAAAGAGGAGAUUGCUAAAGAGUUCGAUUUGCCGGAGCGCAAAUCUAAAAUUGCCACAAUCAUGAAGCAAGAUGGCCAAGCUUACUGCAUAUGUCGGUCUUCUGACUGCUCUAGAUUUAUGAUAGGCUGCGAUGGCUGUGAGGAAUGGUAUCAUGGUGAUUGUAUAAAUAUUACGGAAAAAGAGGCCAAGCACAUUAAACAUUAUUAUUGUCAAAAAUGCAAAGAAGAAGAUCCCACUUUACAAACAGUAUUUCGUGUUGUGCCAGUCGAAAAAUCUUUAAAUCCUACAAUUAGUAUUCUAUCAAAUGAGCAGGAGAAACGUAAAAAGUCGAAGGAUUUUAUAAGAGAUUCAAAUUGUUCCUCCAUAGUUAUACAAAAUUGCCCAAAAAUUAAUCGAUGUGGGUCUUGCGAAGGUUGCAGAACUCCUAAUUGCGGUAUAUGUGAGGCUUGUCGUAUCCGUGUAGGCCACAAGCCUCGCUGUGAACGCCGUGUUUGCCAAGUACAAUUACAUGCUCAGUUAACGGGCCAUAGCCAAACCCAGAGACCGCGAAAAAAGGAGAAACCCUUAAAAGAUCGACAACGCAAACGUAAACGUUCUCUAACCCCCGAACUUUUUAUCAAUCCUGAGUUGGAAGGUAUGCGACAAUGUUACGGACCCGGGUGUCAUAAAAAUGCCAGACCUCAGUCGAAAUAUUGUAGCGACGAGUGUGGCAUAAAUCUGGCCACCAACCGUAUAUUUCAAGUUUUGCCUCAACGAGUGCAAGAAUGGAAUUUGACUCACUGCCGUGCCGAGGAGGAAAAUAAAAAACAAUUGGAUCAAAUCCGAGCUAAACAAGCUAUGGUAAGAUUUGCUCUUGCUGAAUUGGAUAAAAGACAUAUGGAACUCGAUAUGAUUGUGGAACGAGCCAAACACAGUACGCUAGAUCCCAAUCGACUGCAAGACAACGGCGAUAUAGAGGAUGAACAGUCCAUGUACUGUAUUACAUGCGGCCAUGAGAUACACUCGCGUACUGCUAUUAAACACAUGGAGAAGUGUUUUAAUAAGUACGAAUCUCAAGCUUCCUUUGGAAGCAUAUUUAAAACUCGAAUAGAAGGAAAUUCAAUGUUCUGCGAUUUUUAUAAUCCAGCCAGUAAGACUUAUUGCAAGCGUUUGCGAGUUCUAUGCCCUGAACACUGUAAAGACCCCAAAAUUGGCGAUAAUGAUGUAUGCGGUUGUCCUUUGGUUGAAAAUGUUUUCAAUCCCACUGGUGAGUUCUGCCGAGCUCCAAAGAAGAAUUGCUUCAAGCAUUACAUGUGGGAAAAGAUUAGAAGAGCUGAGGUCGAUUUAGAGCGCGUGAGGCAAUGGCUGAAAAUGGAUGAGCUGUUGGAACAGGAAAGACAAAUACGCCAUCAAAUGGCUUCUCGUGCUGGUGUUUUAGGUUUAAUGUUGCACUCCACAUAUAAUCAUGAAGUUAUGGAAGAAUUAUGUCGUCAACAGCAGCAACAAUUUGCAGCAGUACAAAAACAAAAGCAAUUAUUGGAAAAACAACAACAAGAGCUUCAAAUGCAAGCAUUCCAACAUCAAUAUCAAUAAAAGCAAAUAAAGUUUAUUUCUGGAAAUAA